GCUGAUCACAAGCUUGAUCCCCAGGGCAGGUGCCUUGUGCUCCCCAGGGGAAGUAUCAAAGGAUCCGAGGAGGCCAGACCCUGAGACCUGCCAGCCCCGGGCCCCCGUGGCCACCCUCUGCCAGCUCGAAGUCACCUUUGCUCCAACUCUUCUGCUGGCCAGCCGGCCAGAGUCAGCCCAGACCCCCCUCCCGCUCAGCUCGGCAGGAACCAGGAACCGUCCCUAUUGGGCAAUCAUUAAUCGGAUUCUUGACAUUCCUCUGCCUUGGGUCAGCUUGGGAACAUGCUCCCCAGAGGAGGAGGAGCGGAGACCCAGGACUGGCAUCUGGACAUGCAGCUGACUGGCAAGGUGGUGCUGUCCGCCGCUGCCCUGCUCCUGGUGACCGUGGCCUACCGGCUGUACAAGUCAAGGCCCACCCAGGCCCCACGGAGGGGCGGGAACGCCAAGGUCAAGGCCGAGCAGGAGGCAGAGGGCUCUGGGCAGCCUGCCACCCACGGGGCUGUUUCUGGGGCGCCACGCUGGGGCCUGAGACGCAGGAGGGGAAGCGAGGGGACUGGAGAAUUGCCCAGCUGCAGCUGGGAGAAUCCUGAGCGCUCCGGAGUCCUGGCAACGGGAGCCUCUUCCAAAGACUCAGAAGCCGGGGAGACUGGGCAGCCCGGGAACAAAGGUGCUGGCGGAGGGCAGGGUGGGCCGCGCCUGGACUCCCACCUGACAGCUCCUCCACGCGGUGGCCAGGAAGCCGGAACAGCCUCUGGCGGUAAGCCCAGACUGACCCAUCACCCCCAUUUGUGCAGUGAACCCAAAAGCUCCCCAAUCAGCCUCACGGCGGCGGACGGCAACAGUGGGGGCAGUGAGCCUACUCCAUGGCUGAACAGCAGGCCCCCCAAGCAGCCAGGGGCCGGAGAGCAGGAAUCCCCCCACCAACGCUGGGCAGCCCACACAGGAGACGGGAGCGACAUGAGUAAGAGCUGGGUCUUUACCCGUGUGACAGGGGUCCAUAGGGAAGAGGCCGGGGCCCUCCAGGCUGCCUCAGACAUGGGCCUGGCCUUGCAUCAGCAGGAGGGAGCCACCGAUGCCUCUUAUACCUUCUCGUCCAUGGCCCGGGUUCGAGUGGUAGAGAAUUUCAUACCGGAGAAGGUGGAGGGGAUCAGGUCCCCGCUGAAGGGCAAGGUGUAUGAUUACUAUGUUGAAUCCACCUCUCAGGCCACCUCCAGGGGUAGGCUGGCCCCCAGAAAGGCAGCCCUGGCUGAGACUCCAUGCCCUGUUUCAGUGCCACACCCCCUGGGAAAGGGGGCAGCCUCCGGAGGCCAUGUGGAUGACAGAGUAGGUGGGGCAGAGGCAGCUGCCUCCCCGCAGCCUGAGCUGUUGCCCUCUGUGCAAGGCUUCAGCAGGAAGGAGAGUCUCCUUCAGAUCGUGGACAACCCAGAGCUUCAGCUGCAGCUCGAUGGCUUUGGAGACUCUGCUCCCUCCUGCCCAGACCAGAGUGCUCCGCCCACCGGCCCCAUAUCCCGGGAUUCUCUGGGGUCCGGCUCAGCCGGAAGCAGUGAGAAGCCCCACGUGCAGUUUGUGGCUGGGACCAAUUUCUUCCACCUCCCGCUCACCCCAGGUUCAGCCCCAGAUGUCCACCUGGAUCUGGGCAAUUGCUAUGAGGUGCUAACUUUUGCCAAGAGGCAGAGCCUGGAGGCCCUGAAGGAGGCCGCCUACAAGGUGAUGAGUGACAACUACCUCCAGGUCCUGCGCAGCCCAGACAUCUACGGGUGCCUGAGCGGGGCAGAGAGGGAGCUGAUUCUCCAGCGACGGCUCCGGGGCCGCAAGCACCUGGUGGUGGCCGACCUGUGCCCCCAGGAAGACUGCAGCCGCCUCUGCUGCUACGACGGUGAGCGGGAUGUCUGGCACCCGCUGGCCCGCCUGCCCCCCGAGGCUGUGUCCCGGGGCGGUGCCAUCUGCAGCCUCUUCAAUUAUCUCUUUGUGGUGUCCGGGUGCCAGGGGUCCCGGCGCCAGCCCUCCGGCCGCGUCUUCUGCUACAAUCCGCUGACGGGGAUCUGGAGCGAGGUGUGCCCGCUGAACCAGGCCCGGCCGCACUGCCGGCUGGUGGCCCUGGACGGGCACCUGUACGCCAUCGGGGGCGAGUGUCUGAACACAGUGGAGCGCUAUGAGCCCCGCCUGGACCGCUGGACCUUUGCCCCGCCGCUCCCCAACGACACCUUCGCCCUGGCGCACACAGCCACGGCGUGUGGCGGAGAGAUCUUCGUCACCGGCGGCUCGCUGCGCUACCUGCUGCUCCGCUUCUCCGCCCAGGAGCAGCGCUGGCGCGUCGGCCCCACGGGGGGCGGCAAGGACCGCACGGCCGAGAUGGUGGCGGUCAAGGGCUUUCUCUAUCGCUUUGACCUCAACCGCAGCCUGGGCAUCAGCGUGUACCGCUGCAGCGCCAGCACCCGCCUCUGGUACGAAUGCGCCACGUACCGGACCCCAUACCCGGACGCCUUCCAGUGCGCCGUGGUGGACGACCUCAUCUACUGUGUGGGGCGCCAGCGCACCCUCCGCUUCCUGGCCGACUACGUCUCGCCCAGGUUUGUGCCCGAGGAGCCGCAGAGCUUCCCCUCCCCGCAGGGCACCCUCCUGCCCACCGUCCUGACCUUGCCCGGCCCUGAGGUGCCCCAGACCAGGGUCUAGCAGCCCCUCUGCUGGGCUCCUUCUGCAAAACUAGAGGCAAAAAUCACCCUCUGCUCACCACUCCAUGGGGUGUUUCUGGGAGAUCCAGCAGUCCAGGAAUUUGAGUCCCGCUUACUGGCUAGGAUUCCUAGCCGAGUCUUUGCCCUCAUUGGGCUACAGAAGCCAGUGUGAAAAUGGAACUUGAGACUGGUGUUCUGGGGCCAAGGGCACCCCUUGUCUGCAGGGAUGGCCACCACCUUGCUUCAGAUCUGAAUCUGAGUGGGCGAGGCAGGUACCAAGACCCCAGCAAAGUUCAAGGGCACAGCCUUAUCACAGUCAAGUUCCAGGGGCCAGUUGCCGCCUCAGGCUGACCCUGCUGGAUCUGGACCAGCUCUCCAUAAGCUGCUGGUGCCUCUUCCGAAACAGUGUCUGCUGAGCCCCAACCUCCAACGUUCCCAGAAGCACCCUGGACACACAAGUGGGGAAAACUGAGGGAGGGGUUUCUGGCAGGACCAGGAAGGAGCCCAGGGGAGCCCCAGGGGGCCAUCCAGAGGGAGGGACAGCUAGAGAAGCAGAACAGCUAAAGUUGGAGGUGCCCAUGGAGACUGUUGCCUGCAGAGUAAAUUGACCAAAGCCCACUUCUCUUUUUCCCAUUGCCCAGAAUUCUAAUAUGCCGGAAGGAGGAGAAACUUCCAUUUUUAGCAUCCAUUUGUAAAGGUACAUCUUGUAGGGUCUACUGAGAAUACAUCUGAGUCUGUAUAUUAAAUCUCAGGAGAACAAGGAAAAGAUGUGGUCCCAGGACCAGCCUCCUGCUGGGCAUUGUUAUCGGACUGCUUCAUUCUCUCCCCAGAUCUGAGAACCUUUCAUAAUACAGCUCUUUGUGAAACCCAGCCCUCCCUUUGGGAGCUGGGGACAGCCACGACAACCCAGCCCUUCCAGGUGGUGAGAUGUGAUAACAUUACUUGCCCUUCCUUGCCUUGUGGUCACCUGGUCAGACCAGAGAGGACCAGGGAGGGGCAGGUCCAUGAUGGAGCUGAGGAGCUAGAAGGUUCUAAUAGUGCAUCGGAAGACUGGGAUCUCCUUUCACAUCAGGUUUGGUAAAUUCUUAAUGAGAAGAAACCCUCCAGCCUCGGGAAGUUACCUUUCCUUCCCAGAAGGAGGGAAGAUAGACUGGUCCAAUCUAUCACUGCAGCCCUGUUCCAUCUCCAAGGGAGACACACAUAUGGACAGGAGAGCAGUGAUGCUCUUGGUCCCAGCCAGAAGCCAGGGGAGCUGGGACUACUUCUAAAGUGACAAGCAGCAUGUGGAAAUGGGUAGAGAAGGGUGGUGCGUGCACCAGGGCAGGCCUGGCAGGCGGGGAGGUGGGCGUGCUGACUUCAGCCUCCCCAUCUUGAAAACAGAAGGACGAUCUGUGUCCUUCUCUGCCUGGGGGAUAAAGGUGAGCACCUGGAGAAAGCUCUGCCCAAGCUCCCAGGGGUCCUGGCAGGCGCUUAUGUUCAUUGCAGCUGCUGGGGCGGAGCUGGGGGUCUUUUUGGAAGAUCCAGGAUUGGAACAACGAGUGAAAAGGGCACUUUUCUCGGACCACACAAGGCCACCUUCCCUAUUCUGGGAUCUGGGAGGUCAGGCUGCUUAAUCUAUUUCUAAGUUGGAGGUCUGGAAAGGAAAGUUAGCUGGGACUAUGGCUGAAGCCUGGGGAGAGUGACCUUCACCCCCCACCCCUAGUCCCCACCAAGGCCAUGCUCAAGCUCAGAGCCAAGACUCAGGCAUGAACUUCCAAGGGACCCAGGGGGAGCGGGAGAUGUGAUGCAGGCAGAGAAAGGAGUUUGCUUGGGAAGAGAACCCCAUCUGGGACCUGGGGCAGGGGGAGCCAGAUCCAGCCCCAGGGGCAGUUCUGCCAUAAAGAGCCAGGCAGAGGACAGGAUCUCAGCCAAGCUGGGUUGAGUGUAGGGGAGGGCUCCAAGCUGACAGUGAGCUAAGGCUCACUCUGGGGAAGCUUCCGGAAGCCCACUGCAUACCUAUAGCAGGGACUAGGGAAAUGGAUCAAGGGAUAAGGCAGCAUCGUUUGUUCCAGCCCCAGUGAUGGUGGGUGUGAUCUCUAUGAUGAGAGGGAGAGAGCUGAGACUUGGGCCUGAGCUGAGAUGAAAAGUAUGCUGCACACCUCAUCUGCCUCCUAUGGUCCCAUGGCAGACAUCACUAACCGAUUGCCGUACCUUUUCUGAUUGAGCCAUUUUAAUGGCCUCAGAACUGUUUCAACACAGGGUCCCAGGUGGUCAUUACCAAUAGAUUCGGGCUAAUGUGUUUCUCAUUCUUGGCCUGGAUCUCCAGAGCUGGAUUUAAGGAUGAGAGUAACCAGAGGGUCAGGGCCAUCGAGGUAAGGCAAGGUAGUUCAGGGAGCCUGCGAAGACACCUAGGGCCGUGAGGGUCAGGGUUCACUUACAGAACGUUUUAGCUAGGUACUGUUUCAGCACAUCACUGCCCUAACGGAGCUUAACCAUAGAAAACAGGCAAUUUUAAAAAACAAAUAUGUAAACAAACAAAGAGAACCCAAACUGCGUAUGGGGCACAAAGAAAGAGGAGGCAGGGAAGUGGGAUUGCGUGAUCCGGCUCCUUGAUAAGAAGACCCUGGCAGAGCCCUGAGUGGAGGUCUGGGAGAUGCAGAGGCCAGGGCUGGCUCCGGGCCCGGGAAGGGCUUGGCCACACUAGCCGGGGAGUCAGGGUGGCCUCCCAGGAUCCCCAUCUUGAUGUGUGAAGAGCCCAGCUCUUCUGCUUUAGCCUUUCUUGGAAGGGAGAGCACUCCAUGACACCAACAUUUAUAAAAGCUUUUCCUAGACGGGGGUGAGCUACCCCCUCAAGAGAGAAGCAGAGUUGGCACAUUUAGGGAUGACGGUCAAAAUGACACACGGACACCACAUCUGCAUGUGGAAGGCCAUUCUGACCCCUUGGAAGCCCAACUCACUCCAUGGGGUCAGAGUCUAGCCUUUCCACAUGACCUUUUUGAGUAGCCCUGUCUGUUGACCUCGAGCCCUCAGCCUCAGAGUAGCCUGUGUGUCAGCUGGCUUCUCCACGGGUCAUCUGUCCUGCUUUCCCAAUGAGUUCUUUGCUCUUUAGGGGAAAAAAAAACCCUUUAGGCUUGGAUCACUUCCCAAAUUAGGCCAACCAUGCCAUUAUAGAAAAAACAAUUGGAAAAUAGAAAAAGG